AUGGACCGCAAUCCAGCGGACGCCUGCCGUACGCGCAAAUAUAGGUCGCGCCGCCAGAGACCAUGUGACAAUUGCCGGCGGCGCCGAGUGUGCUGCUUACGCACAGAGAAUGAACCCUGCUCCCUAUGUCGGAGCCGCGGUCUACAGUGUACUUUUGUGUCUUUGCCGAAUCCAAAGUUCCGUGCAUUGGUGUCGGCAGAUGAAAUAGAUCAAGGAACUACUCAACGGUUACCGGCCGGGGGAGAAACCGUGGACAAGGUCGCUUCCAGCGGUCCGGGGACGGGGAAGACGGAGGAGACCUUGCAAUAUGUUGGCCUAACGGGUGACCAGGAUCCCUUCAUUCUGCGAUUCUGCCGAACGAAGCGUAUCGAGGGGAGUACUGGCAUCCAAUGGACUUGCCAUCACCUUGGGAAUGAUCCGCGACGGCCGGUCAGCUUUACCAGUGUCCCUGACCUGCACCUCGAAGCGCGCCCCAGCUACUAUCCUCGGAGUCCUAUCGUGGAAUUGCUGCCCUCUAAUCGUAGCAGCCUGGUGGACACCUUCUUCAAGAUCGUCCAUCCGGCUUUGCCGAUGCUUGAUCCUCGACCGCUGCAGAAUUCUACUACAUCCUCCACCCUCCUCGCUUCGGUGUUUGCACUAGCUCACCCUUAUUGCAUAGAGGCACAGAGCCUGGAUCCUUGGGACUUUAUAGACUUCGUCAGCCAGGCACUGCCGAUCGAAGCGCGGAAUGUCAAGCUCGAAACCAUUGAGGCAGCCCUGUUGCACGCGCAACGCCACACAUAUAUCUUUCGAGCGCCAACCAUGCCCGGGUUGUGGUCUGACAUGGGGUCAAUUGUCGGUAUGAGCUAUGACAUCGGCCUCAAUAUAGAUGCCACAAACUGGGACAUCCCAGAAGACCAGAAGAAACAGAGGAAGAGACUUUGGUGGACCGUAUACGUCCAGGAGAAGUGGACGGCCCUUACCCUGGGUCGACCGUCUUAUAUCAAUGAUGACCAGCAUGACGUGGAACAGCUACAGACCAUUGAUAUCAUUCCUGCGCCGAACGCACCGCAGGGCACUGAACUGUUUCCUGCGAGGGUGUUUGUCGCCGCAGCUCGACUGACGACUAUCCUGGCGGAUAUAUUGUCCCGGCUGUAUACUGUCAAGGCGACAAAGGCACUUCAAGAGCUAUCGGCAGAACAAGUGGGUGUGAUCGCCAGCGAUUUCAUCAGUCGGCUUGAACAAUGGAAGGAGGCGCUUUUCAAUCCUCUACUAGGGAAUAAUACUAUGUAUGAUCCGACAGGUAAUUUGCAGCUGCUGUACUUUACAGCGGAAAUCACUCUCCUUCGGGCUCUCCUCCGAACGACAGCCGGUAAUGAGUUCCGGCAACGGUCUGCUGCCCUCAUCUCAAAUGUAGUCCACUGGUUGCGGAACCUCCAGGUCAACUCUCUAUCGGCCUUUUGGUGGAUGAGCUCUAGAAUCAGCUUCGCCAUCGCAGGAGGAUUCAUGAUUGGCAUGUUCCUUUCCGCUACGGCCGAGGAGGAUGGGGAGUAUUGGAUGGUACAGCUCAAUCUCUAUCGCGAUCUGCUCAAGGCGCAUUCGGUAAACUUCGAUAUCACAAAAUUGGCAGCUAUCAGGCUCGACUUGAUGCUUCAGCGAGAAAAUGGGGAGAAAGCUGAAGAGGAGAUACCUCACAUUUCAGAGGCACAAGGCCCAGGAACUCGGGAUCAAGAUGAAAUCCAUUAUCCAUCUUCAGCUGCAGCUGACGAUAAUAUAGUCCUCGAGCCAGUGACUAUCACUGGGAGCCAGCAAGUACGAGAUGACUUCCAAAUCGAUCCGUUCGUGGCAUUCGGGAGCACUUACGGACUUGAAUGGAGCGAGAACCUGGAUUUCGAUAUUCUGUUUCCUUAA